UUUAAUUUACAUUCCAAUAAUUCAUUGUGAAUGUUGCAUACUGCAUUAGCAAUCAUUUGAUAUAGUGAUUUGUGUUAUUUGUGAUUAAAAUGAAGGAAUUUUUUAUAUUAUUUCCAUUAAUUAUAACAGUUAAUCAUGCGUUUGGUUUAAGUAUUAAUGACCUUACUGUGUCCAACUAUCACUUGAAAACGGGAAUACCUGAAGCAGCUAGAAUGAUGAUUCUGGAAGCGAAAGAAAUGGCGAUGUCAGGUCUUGACUCAAUAGUCGGUGGUCAGAUCAGCGAUAUAUCAAAAACUCCUUAUCAAGCAGGUCUUGUAAUCCAAGUUCUUCGACUGCUAACAUCUGUAUGCGGAGGCUCUCUCAUAUCUAAAAACAGAGUUGUAACUGCCGCACAUUGCAUAGACGAUGGCUCUGUAUCAGCACAAUCAGUUACAGUGGUGCUGGGAUCAAACAAAAUUUUUGCAGGAGGAGAACGAAUCACUUCGAAUGGCUUUGUCGUUCAUCACAAUUGGAAUCCGAAAACACUUUUAAAUGAUAUUGCAAUCGUUUUUAUUCCAUCAGUGAAAUAUACAGAUGUUAUUCGGCCUAUUAACUUACCACCCACUUCUGUGUUACGAGAGCAAUUUGUAGGAUGGACUGCAAUCGCGUCUGGAUACGGCAGAACUAGUACCGGCAGCAAGAUUACACAGGAUCAACGUAUUAGUUCUGUUAAUCUUAAAAUUAUAACAAAUUCGGAAUGUAAGGAUACUUAUAAGAACAUAUCUCGCAAGAAUAUAUGUACAAGCGGGGUUGAUUCAGAAGGAACCUGUAAUGGCGACUCUGGGGGACCACUAGCAGUUACUAUUGAUGAUAAACCUAUACUGAUUGGCAUCACGUCAUUCGGCGCAAAAGCUGGUUGCGAGGUUGGCUACCCUGCUGCUUAUACCAGAGUAACUUCAUUUGUAUCCUGGAUAAACGAAAUAUAAAUACAAAUAUACAUAUAUUGAAAUGUAUUACGCAUUACUUUGUGGCACUCCAUUAUUAACAUAUUAUUAUGUCAAAACCUUAAAUAAUUUAGUCUAUAUAGAGCCUGUUGCUGUUAGACAACCGAAGAAAACAGGUCAGGUUUACCAGGUACUUUAGUGUGUGUGACUAGCUACGUCUUACACUUGCGAUUUGUAUGUCACUUUGUGUUAGUGUGCGUGCAUUGCUCAAAAUAUAGGCUUACUGUCAACCUCAAUAUUGUUCGACGUUUUCACAGCUGUCACAGUCUAUCUAGUACGUACGUAUAAAUGAUCUAAGUUCAAAAAUAUAUUACAAUAAAAAUAAA